GGGCGCUUCAAUGGGCUCUUAUUAAGAGCGCAUUCCCCUGCGCAUUUUUUUUUUCCUCCUUUCGCCUUUUAUUUUAUUCUAUCUUGAAGAUUGAAGACAGUUCAGGUUCAAUUGUACCCUAGUUGUGACCCUGAAUGCUCUCAGAAUAAUCAUGUCUACCAACACAGUAACCGUGGAGACUCUCCCCGACCUCCUCGCAAACGACAUUAAAGUCAAAGUCGCUGGUCUCGACUGCGAUGGCAUCCUCCGCGGAAAGGUGAUGUCCAAGGAGAAAUUCCUGGGCAUUGCGCAGAAGGGCUUCGGCAUGAGCUCCGCCGUCUUUGGCUGGGACAUGCAAGAUAUGCUGUACACAACAGAUGCGCGCAUUGCCCCGCCAGAAUCAGGAUAUGCGGAUUUUAUUGCUGUUCCAGAUCUGAGCUCGUUCCGAAGGAUACCAUGGGAGGAUGAAAUUCCUUUUUUCCUGGUUCGCUUUGAGUACGGUGACAACAAACACGUUUCUGCAGAUGGACGGAGCAUGUUGAAGUCGUUAUGUGACCAACUGGCGAGUUCGAACUGCCAGGCAAUGGCCGGAGUUGAGCUGGAAUUCAUGAACUUCCAAACCCCCUCGCAAGACGGAUACGGUGCCAUUGGCUCUCAACACCACGACCUUGCUGCCUUCCUCGAAAAGAACGCCCCCCAUGCCCUGCGCCCGUUGACCACAGGCAGUUUCUCAUACAGCGCAACGCGGCCCGUGGCGCACAAGAAAUACUUUUACGAUAUCUUCAACACCAGUGCGCAGUUCAAUUGUGGUAUUGAGGGGUGGCACACUGAAGGCGGACCGGGUGUCUAUGAAGCAGCACUCAAAGUCUGUGAAGUGACCGAAAUGGCAGACCGAGUCUCGCUAUUCAAGCUUCUGGCCAAAUCCAUAGGCAUUGAACACGGCGUCACACCCUGCUUCAUGGCAAAACCAAUCCAGGGACAGCCUGGUAGCUCCGGGCAUAUCCACGUCUCCCUCUGCGAUCUUGAAGGGCGCAACCUCUUUGCCCGAGAAACACCAGACACCAAUGCCCCCUGGCCCGAUGCAGCUGGACUGUCGGACAUGGGUCGACAAUUCCUCGCUGGUAUCCUUGAGGCAUUGCCGUCUAUCAUGCCCCUCUUCGCUCCUACCAUCAACUCAUACAAGCGUCUGGUUGAAAACUUUUGGGCUCCUGUGAAUGUCACUUGGGGAUUGGAGGAUCGCAUUGCUUCUCUGCGUCUCAUCACGCCUCCUGUCUGUAAGCCCGGUGCUACACGAAUUGAGGUUCGAAUCCCCGGUGCAGACCUGCACCCUCACUACGCAUUGAGUGUUAUCCUUGCUGCUGGAUGGCGGGGUAUUCAAAAGAAGCUCGAAAUCAAGGUCCCGCCCAUGUCUGCACGUCAACCCAAUGAUCCUCGUCCGGAGCUGCUACCAUCUACACUGGAAGAGGCGUUGAAGCGCUUCUCCGCUCCUGAUAGCAUCGCACGGGAGAUCUUGGAUGGAGAGUUUGUAGACUUCUUCACCGCGACUCGGGAGCAUGAAUUGCGACUGUGGAGAGAAACUGUGACUGAUUGGGAGUUUAAGCGAUACAUUGAGACUGUAUGAUUUAGCCUAUUAAGUAUAUUUGUUUUAUAUGCGUCCUGUACAUAAAUAUGAAUCAUCAGCAAUAUGCAAUUGAAUAUACCUUUAUUU